AUGUGUGGUUNAUAUGCAGUCAAGCACCACGAACAACUUUCUGAGACUCUCAAGAGAAUCAAACAGAAAUUAAACUUUUCACACCAAAACUCUUUAGGUAAAUUUGAUAUUGAUUCAUUAAGGGCAUCUAGUACUCGAUCAAAGGAUGUGCCCUUUAGUUCACUAGAUGGUACCAAUAAUAUUCUACCCUUUCAAAGACAAGAUAGUACUAUAAGUUUUUCGAGCUUCGUUUUGAUUGUGAUCGAUACAGGCGCCGGGCCAUUUCGUGAUAUUAGUAGGGCUGUGGCUGAAUUCAGAAGGGACCUAAGCAACAACUGUUGUAGUAGAGUAGUUUGGUUAGAUAAACCAGGCACCAAUUGCAUUAAUUUUCAUGGCCUUGACAAGGAUAAGCUACCUGAAAUGGAUUUAAUCAUAUCAAAGCCACUCCAUGGCUCCCGUUUAAAACAGACUAUUGGACUUUUACCGGAGUUUGGUGGGACAAUAAAGGGUAUGGCACUGAGAAGAGGAGAAAACCCAUACAAUUCUGAUAAGUUUCUACCCGAAUACAGCACUUCACCUGCAGCCAAUAAGACGCACAUAAGGCAAAUUCCUGAAAAAUCGUCCUCAGAAAAUACUCCUAGCCAGAAUGGAGAGGAACUUUAUGUCCCAAGAAAAUUGUAUCUAGGUCCAAGACUCCCAGUCGAGUUUGCACGAAGAAGAGGGGAUAAUACAUACACUGCAAAAAAUAUUUUGCCUCGUCAAAUUCAUCAUGAAUCCCGAACUUCAGCUACAGUUGAUAUGAGUCAGAAUAGGGCUAUGACAGAUAAAUUAUCUCGGGAGUGUCUUCCAUUACAAAAGGGCGAGGACAUGAGCAGUAAAAAGUUAUUGACAGGGAAAAAAAUCUUGGUGGCAGAUGAUGAUCCCAUCGGGCGCAAAAUAGCAACAACUUUUGCUUCCCAGUUAGGUGCAAACACUUUUUCAUGUGUAAAUGGGGAACAAGCUCUUGAAGCCGUGUACAAAGGUCUCAUGGAUCCACACAUAACUGGUGCUUCCAAGAUUUCAUUACCUUUUGAUUAUAUCCUAAUGGAUUGUGAGAUGCCAUUGAUGGACGGGAUAGAAGCAACAAGGCGCAUCAGAGAAGUAGAAGGAAAUUAUGGUGUCCACACACAAAUCAUUGCACUAACUGCACAUGAAAGAGGAGAAGUAGAGAUAAACAAGAUGGUAGAGGCUGGAGUAGAUGCUUUUUUAACCAAACCGCUCAACAAAGAAAAUCUUUUGAGACUCUUGUUUUCUCCUUAGUAUAUUAAUUAGAAUAUGUUAUAUGAGUUGUUAAUUAAGCCCCCGUUUGACCCCCAUUACCUGAAAAUGAAAAUGGGGGGAAUAGUAUUUUUUAGAAAAAUGAGUGGUUGAAAAAGAAGGAAAAGUUUUUGAUUUACGUGUAAUAUUAUUUUAUGAAAGAUUGUGUGGUUGAAAAUAGGAGGGAGAAAAAUGAAAUGUAAUGGAAUUGAAUUUAAUGGGGAUCAAACGGGGGCUAAGACACAGCAGUUAUAAAUCUUGUGAGAUCAAUUAUAAUUUCUUUCUUGGAACAUUUUUGUAAUUUUGAGGUAAUAUUUUUUUCUUUUGGUAAAAAAUA